AUGUUUGAGGACGAUGAGGACGAUGUCGGGCUCCCGGUUGGACACAUGAGGGAUGCGGAGGAGAUCGAGAGCACGUUAGCGCCGCCUUUGAGCAUGCGCUCUCGAUCGUUGACAACGCAGCACAAGUUGGAUCAGGUCAGUCAUGCGUUGCCUGUUGCCCCGGACUUGUUUGAAGUGAUCGAGAUGCAGUUGGAGCGACAACGAGUUAAAUCCUCUGGCGGACUUCGUAUGAUAUCUACGGACAGCGAGGACGACGAUGAUGACGACGACGAGCGUUAUGAUAAGCAAAAGAUUAUGUCCUUGAAUGAUCGAGGUAGCACGAUUAAGGCCAUCGGUACCAAGAAGGAUGCUCACUUAUCCAAUGCCGAGAAAAAACUUCAAAUGCUGGGCCUUUCCUCAGAGGUUGAUCAUACCGAUGAGCCAAAGGCUGGUAGCAAGGCCAAAGCAGAUCCAGCUCCAAGUAAGAGGAAAAAUUUUCUGGCGGAGGAGCCAGAGGCCGACAAAAAAGAGCCAGAGGAUGCUGAUGACGAUGGCGAAAGUGAUGGUGGCGGUCAAAUAUCUACUCUAGACGUUAGCAAUGUGAAAGCAUUCGUAUUGAGAACGAUUCCUCGAAGCCAGAACCAGCCAAUCCAAUGCUACAUCAAAAGAUUGCGAUCGGGAUUCCAAAAGCUUUGGCCUUCAUACGUGCUAUAUUCACAGGAUCCUGACAAAUUUUUGCUGUCUGGAAGGAGGAGAAAGAAGAACAAGCAAUCCACGUACUUAAUAUCAACGGAUGAGAAGGACUUGGCACGGAAAAGGUGCUUCAGUCAUCUUGAUCAAGGAUCCACUGAUCUCCUUACAGCGACAGCUACACGGGGAAAGUGA